GUUGAGUGGAGUUCAAGAAUGUGUUCACAUUAUGCCUAUCCCCCAAAAUGACUUUUCCUACAAAGUCAGCAUCGAAGUGGACGCUUGCAGAAGCUCAAACGGUGGGCUUUGACUCUGCAAACACGCAGCAGUUCGCUUUUGAUGAUAAGUACCUUUUCUUGGCUGGCCUCGAAGAGUCAGAGAUACACACGACGGACGAAGUUGCUCGACAUUUUCGACACCUUCUGCAUGAUCUGAUUUUACCUUUCAGAGGCCCGGGCCGGAGCUCCUGGAAAUCAAGCCAGGUGCGCUUCGACACCUGAUGCAAAUGCAACAGGCGUCUCGUGCUCAGGCCAACUCAGCAGGAAGGCUUCGAGUCCUCUUUGGCAGUAUAAGCCAGCUGACCAGGCUUGCAGACAAGCCAUUACAAGCAAGCAGCGAGAGUCCUGCUUCGACAAGGUCAGGCGAGUCGGAGGCGAGUCACCAGCAUGAACCGUCGGCGGAAACAGUCACGCAAACUUGCGCGCACGACAUCCUGCGGCUGCUUCUGGAUGUCAUUGAGGAUCGACUAGUCGAAGUCAGCUCAAGCGUAGAGACUCCCUUUGAGAUUGAGCACAGCACCAAGCUCUGGACAGAAGACCCUGCGCCAGCGGAUUCGUCUAGCUUCCGGCGGUUCUUUGGCAGCGAGAACGAUGGCUCAGUACAGGAGACACGGAGAAGCUUCGAACGAUCAGGCACUGAGGACCGUCAUCUUGAGUAUCGAAUGCAAAAGACGACGCGAGGGGUUUGGCAUCGGCGACUUACCAAGCUUCCAGAUGUGCGGUCAAUCCUACGCCCAAUAGCUGCUUUGGCAGUUAAGGAUGCGAGAGAAAUACUGACGCGCGACUGUCUGAGAGCGGGCAGCUGACCACACACUUGGUCACUUGGCAGCUCGCCAACGCUAUCUUUCGCGGCAUUUCUUGCACUCACACACUGAUGAUAUCGUCUGUGUCCUCAGUCG